GUUUUUCCAAGGAAUUUUAAUGCUAAAAAAUUACCGAUACCGAUGUCAGAAUAUUAGUAGGUACUUAAAUGAGACCUGGAGUACACCUAUAAAAACUCUUGAUGAUGAUAUAGAAGUUAACCAUGACCUGUCAAAAGCUAAAAAUGACACUUCUUCAAAAAAAUCUGCUCCUAAUGUUCAGAUGAAUUCAAAUGAAGCUACAGUUUCUACCGCAUCGAAAAAAGAUGUUGGAAUGAAAAGAAAGAGACCUGUAAAGUCAGAUGUUUGGAAUUUUUUCAUUAAAAAUGAGAAAGAUGGAACCUGCAAGUUAUGUCUAAAACUUAUUUCCGCUCCAGGAUGUACCACCAACCUGACAAAUCAUUUGAAAGGAGUUCAUGGGAAUGUGUACAAACCCUCUACUCCUUCGGUCAUUGAUAAUGCAGUACGACCAGUGAUUAUGAAAGUUCAAUCCACAGAAAAAAAACUAACUCAACUACGUAUCGACACAAUUAAGGAUGAAAUAAAUUCAUGUAAGAGUGGUCCUAAAAGUGAAAAAAUUUCAAAUGCGCUAAUAUAUAUGAUCGUUAAGGAUGAUUUACCACUGUCUGCUACUGAUAAGCCAGGACUACAGAAGCUGUUACAGAUUGAGUGUCUUUAUUACGAAAUUCCUGGAAGAAACAAAAUAACAACCUUAAUUGAACACAAAGCUGAAGCUUUGAAAUUACUUUUUCAAGAAAAGUUGAGCAAAAUAGAAUGCUUUUCUUUAAUCGCUGAUGUUUGGACUGAUACCCAUAACUCGCGAAGUUUCUUAGGAUGCACAGCACACUAUCACUUUGAGGGUAAAUUAUCAGAAGCAGUACUAGUAAACAUCUUGCGUCCAGCUGAAAUUGUGACUAAAAACUUGAGUGGGGAAAAGUAUGUCACAAUUAGUGAUGAUAUAUUUUGUUAUUAUUUUAUAAUAAAUGAAGUAAAAAAAGUCGAAUGCAGAUCAGAAACAAUAAAAACUGCAAGAAGUUAUUUAAUUGAACGAAUGAGACUUCGAUUUAAAGGUUUGGAGUCUCACUCGCUAAUCUUUGUUGCUGGGAUACUUGAUCCUCGUUACAAAAAUUCGAUAUUUCCUAAUGAUGAUGCAGCAUAUCAAGCCAGAAAAAAAGUCAUUGAUUUGAUACAAAAAAGAACUCCGAUUCAUCAAGAAAGUACACCAACUAAUUCACUAAAACCUACUGAAAAAAAAAAAUCGUCAUUUUACGGUUCUCAAGAAUUAAAAAAUUAUUAUCAGCAACACAUCGCGGCAAAAUCAAAAAAUCGGACUACUUCUACAACUAAUCUGGAUGAAUUAGAAUUUAAAAAAUUUCUCGACAGUCCUCCUCAAGAAAAUGAAAACGCAAUUGAUAGUAUUAAUAUU